AUGACGCACGACACGAUGCCCUUCGUCGAGGCCGUCAAGCACCGCCGCACUAUCUACACGCUCAACAAGACGGCACCGGUCGACGACAAGAAGAUCGAGGAGAUCGCACGCACUGCCAUCAAGGAUGUGCCUUCCUCGUUCAACUCGCAGUCCGCGCGCAUGGUGGUGUUGCUCAAGGACCAGCACGACAAGUUCUGGGACAUCGUGAGGGACAUCCUCAAGGUUCAUGUACCGGAGGACAAGUGGGAGCACACCGGCAACCGCAUCCAGGGCUUCCACAACGCGUACGGCACGAUCCUCUUCUACGAGGCGCCAGAGCCAAUCAAGAAGCUCCAAUCGACCUUCCCUCAAUACGCCGACAAGUUCCCACAAUGGUCCGAGCACACCUCCGCCAUGCACCAGUACAUGAUGUGGUGCGCGCUCGAGGCCGAAGGUUUCGGCUGCAACCUCCAGCACUACAACCCGCUACCCGACCAGAAGGCGGCCGCGGAGUGGAACAUCCCGCUCGAGUGGCAGUUGAAGGCGCAGCUGGUGUUCGGUGGUGAGGAGCCGGGCUCGCGCGAGAAGCUGCAGACGAAGAGCGAGCAGCCGAUUGAGGAGAGGCUGUUCAUCCACGGCGCCGCUUAG